AGAGCUGCUCCUCUGUCCCCAGGCCGGGCCUCGGGGGAGGUCAGGGUGAGGGGGUCCCAGACCGGCUUCUGAGGAGGAAGUCACGUGGGGCUGGGGCUCACAUGACCGGCUUCGAGAUGGACCGGCCGCUUCCCGCUGAGGCGGCGGCUGCGGAUCUCGCGACGGCAGACUUGCCAAAGCCUCAGGUAAUCGAGCAGAGGGAACCAGAUUCAUUUCGAAUGCAGAUGCCUCAAGGGAACCCGUUACUGCUGUCUCACACCCUGCAGGAGCUGCUGGCCAGGGACACUGUGCAGGUGGAGCUCAUUCCUGAGAAGAAGGGCCUCUUCCUGAAACACGUGGAAUACGAAGUUUCCAGCCUGCGCUUCAAGUCCUCCGUGUACAGAAGGUACAAUGACUUUGUGGUCUUCCAUGAGAUACUGCUACAGAAGUUCCCCUAUCGAAUGGUGCCAGCACUUCCACCCAAGAGAAUGCUGGGAGCUGACAGAGAGUUCAUUGAGACCAGACGGAGAGCUUUGAAACGCUUCAUUAACCUGGUGGCCCGGCAUCCCCCUUUCUCGGAGGAUGUAGUCCUGAAACUGUUCCUCUCAUUCAGUGGCUCAGAUAUACAGAAUAAACUGAAGGAAUCAGUCCAGUGUGUUGGAGAUGAAUUCAUGAUUUGUAAACUGGCUACUCGAGCCAAGGACUUCCUCCCAGCUGACAUUCAGGCACAAUUUGCUGCCAGUAGAGAACUGAUCAGAAAUAUCUAUAACAGCUUCUAUAAGCUUAGAGAUCGGGCUGAAAGGAUUGCAUCCCGAGCCAUUGACAAUGCUGCUGACCUCCUCAUAUUUGGGAAAGAAUUAAGUGCUUUAGGAUCUGACACAACACCACUUCCCUCCUGGGCCACGAUGAAUAAUAGCACAUGGGGGAUGCUAAAACAGGCUUUAAAAGGCCUAUCUGUUGAAUUUGCACUGCUGGCUGAUAAAGCUGCACAACAGGGUAAACAGGAAGAGAAUGAUGUGGUGGAGAAGUUGAAUCUCUUCUUGGAUUUGCUCCAGUCCUAUAAAGAUCUCUGUGAAAGACAUGAAAAGGGUGUGCUUCACAAACACCAGCGAGCAUUGCACAAGUACAGCAUGAUGAAGAAGCAGAUGAUGAGUGCUACGGUGCAGAAUAGAGAACCAGAGAGUGUGGAACAGCUGGAGUCUCGCAUUGUGGAGCAAGAAAAUGCAAUCCAGACAAUGGAACUCCGGAAUUAUUUCUCCUUAUACUGUCUACAUCAAGAGACCCAGCUUAUUCAUAUCUACUUGCCUCUUACAUCACACAUUUUAGGAGCCUUUGUCAACUCUCAGAUACAAGGCCACAAAGAGAUGAGUAAAGUUUGGAAUGAAUUGAAGCCCAAGUUAAGUUGCCUCUUUUCAGGACCCAAUAACAUGCCAACACCGCCACGAUCACCACAGGAGGGCAAUGUGUUUUCUCAUUAGUUCCUGGAGAGGACUGCCUGGGUUUUAGGCAGUGCUAAGAGUACCCUUCCAGCCUUACUAAAACAUAUCACCAAACUGUAUCAUUGUGUAUUUCCCUUAAAACAAUAGCUGCCACUCUGGUGCUCACAGAUGUUUGGACUGACUGAAACUUGAGCAGAAGACUCUGAUUCAGUGGUAGGGGAUGAGACUCAGAUUUUAAUUUCCUGUCUUGUCCUCUACUCAUCUUCCUUCAUUUCAUAGUGCUCAGAGGCAAGAUUGAGAGACACCUUACUGUAGGGUACUUUGGGGAGGAAAGAGAAUGUGCUUAGAUGCUAAGGGCUAAAGGGCCACUUGUGGUGGCUGGUAAUUCCCUUUCUUCUUACUUACAUCCACUUUUUCCUUCCACCACCAUCUUCCUCAAUAUAUACACUCUGGUUUCCCCUCUGGCAGUGAGAAGCAGUAGAUCUCUGUACUCUAUGAAAGGCAGUUCUCCUAGUCUCCAGGAAGGCUGGGAGAUUAAGGAUGACGUUCAUGUUAGUGAAGUUGUCUGUCAGUGAAUAUGUUAGUCCCCUGAUAACAGCUAUUUAAUCUUUUGGGGGGACAGAUAAAAUUAAUCAGAAUUCAUUGGAUUUCUUUGCCUUCUAGGAAUCAGGAUUAACUGAACAGAUGAGUAAGGGUGAGAAAAGGUGAAGUUCACAUAUGUAGCAAGUUUAUUUCAGUGCAGUCAUGCCUUUUGGUUGAAAUAAUGUUAAUUUUUUUUUUUUCAAAAUGAGUUUUCAGUGAAAGGCCUAAAAAAUAAUUAUUUAAUGCUGUUGAACACUCCUUGAACAAAUUGCCUUACACUAGGACUUUUCAGUUUCAGAGUGUGAGAGUGUGUGUGUGUGUGUGUGUGUGUGUGUACAUGUGUAUGUCUACAGAAGAGAACCAUUUUGCUUAUGGAGGGGGUUGUUAGCUGGUAGGUACAAACAGUAUUAGUUUUCUGUGGGACAAGCUACAGUGUCUAUUCCAGGCAGCUAGAGACAAACACUAGGAACCUUAGUAUAUUACGAGACUCAUUGUGAAUUUGGCAAGGCCUGCCAUAUUUCAUUUUCCAUUCCUCCACUUUUCCCCUUUUCUGUACUAAUGGCAUGAUCUGUCAUUUUGCACAAGAGUAGGACCAAAAUGUUUGGCAUAUUAAAGUGAACUAAUUGAAAAGUCUGUCAUAUGCUAAAAACUAAUUCUCUAAAAAGAUGCCACACUUUUAUUUUGGUUGCUUAUAUUGGAGAGCGCAGAAUAUACCAAGUUGAGAAGGGUGUGGUGAAGAUGAGAUGAGGAAAUCAGAGGAUCAUGAUUUUUAUUUCGGUUGUGUUUUAAAAUAUACUGGCCUUUACAAGAGAGAAUCUGUGUUCUUUGGGAAUUAAAGAAAAAAUAAAACAACCAGCUAGUUUCCUGAUGGCACAACUCCUGGUUGAGGUAGUGGAACAUUCCUGCUAAUUUCAGUCCUUUCCUUCCUUAGCCCAGCUCUUACUCAAUGGGGUUUAUUGUGUAACUCUUCAGCUCUGUUUUCCACCUUGUGAUGAUGUGGGAGAGUUCUCAGAUAUGCUCUGGUGGAGACCUGUAGGGAUGGGUGGUGUCAUUUCUUGCCUUAAUAUGCUACUAUUCCAAAUCCCUAGUGGAACAUUUCUCUAUGGGAUUGAAAAUAAACUGGACUUCUCCACAUCAGGGACUUCUGGGUCUAUUUAGACUUUGCUUUUCUCAUUCUUAUAAAGACAGAAAAAUUGGAAAAGGCUCUAAAUGGGCAGCAUGCAUUCUGAAAAUAUUGCCCAUGUGGAGUAUUUUUCAGGUUCCAAGGAGAUUUCUCUGCUAUUUCUCUGACCUUCUCUAGUUUUAAAAUAUGUAGCAUGAAGGAUUCUAGAAUAAAAAUAGAAGCCACCAAGUAUUCUCGCUAGCUAUGGGAGAAAGAAUCAAAAUAACCAAAAAUACUUGAUUUAUGCAGAUAAGCUAAUUCAUUUUUUUGGCACAGGCAAAAUGAGGGCUUUUCUUUGUGGACUCAAAUGGCUGCACAAGGGGUCUAGCCUCAAAGCAUGUUGCUGUAUUUGAUUCAUUCAAAGAGGAUAUGAGUGAAAGUGCAAGACUUGUAAGCUGUGUACUCCAUGUGGCAUGUCAGCACAUUUUUCAGAUGUUUGCUUUGCGUUCAUGAAGUAGCUAGAGGCAUAAGGGUCACUUGGUAGAAAACACUAAUGGCACCUGGAUCUGUAACUUACUGCCCUAAAGCUCACAUCUUCCUUCCUUCUAGGAAAGCUGACCUUUGCUUGUAUAAGUGAAUGUGACAUUUAAAACAGCAUGUGAUGGAAGACGGUCUGUUUCUACUGUUGAGCAGACUUAUCCUCUGAAAAGAGAAGAUGCACAGCUUUAGUUAGAGCCUAAAAAUAGUCCCGAAGUUCUGUUUUGAGAGUUAUUGGUCUGUAACUAAAGGUGGCAAAGAGAAAGGUGGAGUCUUCUUUGCCUUCAGGGUCUCUGCCUGCCUACCAUCCAUUCCCCUUUUACAGAAAUAAAGUCUCUACCCACUUUGAAUGGAUCAAUACACCUUUUUUUGUGCUGCUCCAUUUUAUACUGUGAUUUGCCUAAGCCAUAUAACAUAAAAUUUAUUUGUACAAACCCCCUGGGGCCUUUUCCUUCCUGCCUACACAGCUGCAAAGUGUGCUAAACACUCCUUCACUGCUAUUACAAUGAAGUCCCUUGGGACCCCAAAGUUGCAUGUUAUCCUGCUGGCCUAGGGCCUCCAGUCUUUGUAGAAAGCCUAGGAGAAUAUGCCACAGUCUAGGCCAUGGUUAGAGUGCAUACUGUAGAGAGAUCCAGACCUGACCUCCUUGUCUUGGAUGUUCUAAACAUAAUGAAAGACUGGAGUAGGGGGGUGGGGAGUGGGAGAAGUUUUCUCCUUUCAGUAUUUGAGACCAUUGCAGAUGUAGUCAAUAUGUGCUUCCAUGAAAAGUAGAAGCAAACGGCCAGAAGACCUGUGGCUCCUCAAGGGAUAGCUGUCAAACGAUAUUAAUUUAAGAACUUUCAGUUGGCAUGCUGGCCAGAGUCAUUAGCUAGAGGGAAUUUAAGAGAUGUGUUUUAAAAAAAAAAUGUGUAUGUGUGUGUGUGUAUAUAUAUAUAUGUAUAUAUAUACACACACACACAUAUAUAUAUAUACACAUAUAUAUAUAUCUCUAGAGAGAGAUGUUAUCCUAAUUUAAAACACUCACUUGAAGGAAAUGUACUACCAAAGAGUUUCUGAAAACUUGUUUUUUUCUCCUCUUCUGUACUAAUUGUGAUGCUUUAGGAGCUUGUAGUAAAUCAUGACAAAGGCAUGAGUUAAAUCAGAUGUGUUAGGACAUUAUUUUCUCAGUAUCUACCAACAGUAUACUCCCUUUUGAGGAGCAACACUCUUUUGAUACAAAGGACAAAUGGAUAAAUGGACUUUUUUUCAAAACUAGUCCUUCACUUUUCAAACAGAAGCUUGCAGUCCAUUCCAGCUGCCCCUUCUGAGAGCACCUCUGCUGCCCACUUACAGUGGAACUGACCAUGGCAACAAGUAGAGCCCGACUUCUGCUUGUCUCCUACUAAGGAGAUUCCAGUGUAUCACGAGUUGAAAAAAAAAUAAUCCUCAUACUUUACAAUUAAUGGGCUGUGUUUUAUUUAAAUGCGGACCUGUUCGUUUUUGGAUUUUAUGUUUUUUCUUAAUGGAUUCUUUAGGAACAUUAUAAUUAUAAACAGUGGUGGAGGCCUUUUGAUGCAUCUUUUGGUACUGUGCAUCCUAAUGGUAUUCCCUUAGUUUUGGGGGACCAUCCCAGGGUGACAGAAUGAGAGAGAAACAGCCCUAACUGUAGAAUAACAGAUGUAGCUCAGGGAGCUUCCUCUUCAACAUAAUUUCUCAGUCCUGAGCCAAAUAUGAUUGUGAGAUGUUCCUGAGGAGCUGUUUGCUAGAUCAUCUGUAACUGGAGGAGCAGUGAAGAUAACCCAGUUCCCAGGGAGUUGGUCUAGGGCUUGGGAAUAGCUUUUGCAGGUUGAGGUCCAUGCUCACACAGCUUAAAAGCUCUCCAGGUAGACUAGCUUCCCACUGUGUUCUUUAGAGGGACCAACCCCUUCAAAGGAAGGCCAUUGGUAUGCACAGUAGCCUAAUGUCAGCAUCUAAAAAUCAUCAGCUUCAGUGAAAAAUGAGUCAGAGAACAUUGUUCUGAAUGUGGGACUAUGCUUGUCAUUCAAAAAAAGUGAUUUCUAUGACAGGCCUAGACCAACACUGAAACUUAAUGGCAUAAAUAAUUUUGGAAGCCUGUUAGUGCCCUUAUUAUCUUGGAUUAUAUUUCAGAGCCUUUUGGGGUUGGAGAUUUUUGAUACAAAUGGGGUAUAGAUGUGAAAAUUUAUAUUAAAUGGUCCUUAAUGGUUCUUAAAUCCCACCCAUUCUUUAGGAGCUUUGGCUUAUUCAGCAAUACCUGGGAAAAACCCUUUAAUUAACACUCUACUCAUCUUAGGAAGCCUAAUGUGAGGACUGAGUGGGAAGUUGGUUUGACUGAAAUGAAGACCUUUUCUUAGUUGGGCCAAUUUACCAUUUCUUUUGCUUUGCUGUACUAGUUUUAUGUAUGAAGCACUUUAUCAAAUUGCAGGAAUUAGUUAUUACUACAGCUGAUGAACUGGAAAAUGUUUACAAAUGAUUACACUCCAAAACUUUUUAUCAAUAAAACAUAUAUAUGAACAAAUGCUAUUAAA